AUGGCCUACGUCGUCCCUAUCCACGGCGCCAGCAGCAUCCGCCAUGCCAUCAAGGCCCGUUUCAUCAAGCCAGACGAAGACUGUCUCAUCGUCGCCAAAGCGAACCGCCUCGAGCUCUACACCCAAUCCGCCGAUGGCCUCGUCCUGCAGCACUCCUCGACCGUCUACGGACGCAUCACUGCCCUACAGAAGCUGCCACGGCCCGAUCCAGCGCUGACUGACGUCCUCUUCGUCGGUACAGACCAGUACGCCUACUUCUCCCUCACCUGGGAUGCCGUCCACAACCAGCUGCGCACCGAGCGGAAAUACAUCGAUCUGGCCGAUGGGUCGCUGCGAGAAGCCCACAGUGACGACAGAUGUCUGCUCGACCCGUCAGGGAGCUUCCUCACCCUAGAGGUCUACGAGGGCGUCGUCUCCGUCGUUCCGCUCGUCUCCGCCGACACGCACAACAAACGGUCCAGGUCGGCUGCCGCUCAUGUUACGCCUUCAGCCACGCUGGAACAGCUAGGGGAACCGUUGCAGGUCAGAAUUGAAGAGCUGAUGGUCAGGUCUUCUGCUUUCCUUGACCAGGAGGCCUCACACGCACCCCGACUUGCCCUGCUGUAUGAAGACUCCCAGGGGAAAGCCAGGCUCAAGCUGCGGGACCUCAAGUAUACCCAUGCUGCCCUCUCUGGCGACGGAGGUAGCGCCGCUGAACUCAAGGACGUCACCACUCUCUCGGGUGAGCUUGAUCUCGGCGCCAGCCUCCUCAUUCCUAUUCCUAGGCCGUUGGGUGGCCUCCUGAUACUCGGAGAAUCAACUAUCACGUAUGUGGACGUCUCCCAGAACGAGAUCAUAUCUAGGCCCCUGGCAGAGUCUACCGUGUUCGUGGCCUGGGUGCAGGUCGACGGGCAGCGGUGGCUGCUUGCAGACGACUACGGCCGCCUUUUCUUCCUCAUGCUCGUCCUCGACCCUGAUAAUGCUGUCGAGGCAUGGAAGGUAGACCUGCUCGGCCAGACCUCCCGUGCCUCCGUCCUCGUCUACCUCGACGGCGGCCUCGUCUUCGUCGGCUCCCACCAGGGCGAUUCGCAGGUCAUCCAGAUCAGAGAAGGCGGUUUCGACCUCGUUCAGACCAUCGCCAACAUCGCCCCAAUCCUCGACUUCACCGUCAUGGACCUGGGAGACCGCUCUGGCGAGGCUCGUGAGUUCUCUUCCGGCCAGACCCGUAUUGUCACCGGAUCCGGUGCCUUUGGUGACGGCAGCCUACGCAGUGUCCGCAGCGGAGUUGGCAUAGAAGAUCUCGGCGUUCUCGCGAGCAUGGAGCACAUUACUGACCUUUGGGGGCUGCGCGCUGCCUGCCCCGAACCUUUCUCCGACACCCUGCUAGUCUCCUUCGUUAAUGAGUCCAGAGUCUUCCACUUCUCUCCAGAGGGAGAUGUCGAAGAAAAGGAAGAAGGCUUUCUCGGUCUAGUCUUCUCUCAGAGCACUCUGCUCGCCGCCAAUCUACCUGGAAACCGUAUUAUCCAGGUCACAGAGAACAUGGCCAAGAUCAUCGACCUCGACAGCAGCAUGACCACCUGGCAGUCCUCCCAUGAAGACUCCGCCAUCACAUCUGCUUCCGCAAACGACGAUUAUCUCGUCCUGGUCUUUGGGGGGAUCCGUCUCAUAUGCGUAUCUCUCUCAUCUUACGAAGAGGUCGGGAGCAAGGACUUUGAAGCAGACAACCAGGUCUCCGGCAUGACCAUCCCGGCUUCCCCAGCCCAGGCGUGCAUAGUCUGCCUCCCACAGUCCGCCGAAAUCGUCAUCCUGGAUUUACCUGACCUAAAAGUGCAGAACAAGCAGACCCUAGGCGAACCCGGUGAGGCCAUACCGCGCUCAGUCAUCGUGGCAGAGAUACUCUACGACCAAUCACCUACCUUAUUCGUCUCCAUGGCCGACGGGACCGUAUUCUCCUUUUCUUUCAGCCUUGAAGCCUUCACCAUCUCCAACUCAAGCAAGAUCACCCUGGGUUCGGAGCAGCCCUUGUUCAAGAAACUCCCACGCGGCAACGGGCAGUACAACGUCUUCGCAACCUGUGACCACCCGAGCCUGAUCUACGCCUCAGAGGGUAGAAUCGUGUACUCUGCAGUCGACUCGGACAGCGCAAGCCGCAUCUGCAACCUCAAUACCCAGGCAUAUCCGGGCUCAAUCGCCCUGUCAAACCAGCGCGAACUCAAGAUUGCCAUAGUAGACGAGGAGCGUACCACCCAGAUCCACACUCUGCCAAUGCACGCCAGCGUCAGACGCCUGGCUUACUCCCCCGUCGAAAAGGCGUUCGGCUUAGGAACCGUUACGCGAACAAUCUCCAACGGGGUCGAGAAAGUGAGUAGCUCCUUUGUCCUGGCCGAUGAGAUACUCUUCCGGCCCUUAAGCACCCACGAGCUCCGCUCGGAUGAACUGGUCGAGAGCGUUAUUCGGUCUCAAAUCCCUGAUGGGGAAGACGAGGUCGGAAACACCGUGUUCAGGGACUUGUUCUUCGUAGGAACAGCAUUCCUGGAUGAUGUAGGCGAUGACAACGUCCGUGGCCGUAUCCUAGCCUUUGAGGUGAACAGGUCUCGCGAGUUGGCCUUGCUGGUUGAUAAGCCUGUCCUGGGGGCGUGUCGUACUCUUGCCGUCAUGGACAAUGACAAACUGGUGGCUGGUCUCGUCAAAUCGGUUUCUAUAUUCCGAAUCGUACGUGACUCGUUUGGAAACAUCGAACUACUGAAACAAACCGCAUAUCGAACAUCAACGGCGCCCAUCGACGUCUCCGUGACGGAAAAUACAAUCGCAGUAGCAGACGUCAUGAAAAGUGUCUCCCUCGUACAGUACACUCCAGCCGAAGAGGGCGCACUUGAGCCCAAAUUCGAGGAGAUAGCUCGCCAUUACCAAACUCUAUGGAGCACGGCUGUAGGCCACAUAGAAGAGAACGUCUAUCUACUGGCAGAAGCAGAAGGGAACCUAGUUGUUCUACAGAGAAACACUACAGGCGUUACCGAGUCUGAUAGAAAACGACUGCAACCUACCAGUGAAAUGCGACUGGGUGAGAUGGUGAAUCGAAUCCAUCCGAUAACCGUCCAAGCACCCGCAAAAGCAGCUGUUUCCGCACGAGCAUUACUAGCAACGGUUGACGGAUCCAUCUACCUGUUCGGUCUAAUUAAUCCAACGUACAUAGAUCUACUUCUCAGGCUCCAGGCAAUCAUGGCCAGCGUCACCGUGAGCCCUGGAGAGAUACCGUUUACUAAAUACCGAGCGUUUAGAACUACGGUGCGCCAAUCCGAUGAGCCAUUCCGGUUUGUAGAUGGAGAGCUCAUCGAGCGGUUCCUUGGGUGUGCGCCUAGCACGCAGGAAGAGAUUGCCAGCAGGCUUGACGACCAAAAUAUCACCGUGGCUUCAUUGAAGGAGAUGAUCGACGAGCUGAGGAGGAUGCAUUAG